AUGCAUCGUCUGGUGGAAACUCGGGAUUCAGUUCUUGCUAUUUCUGUUUGCCAACACCUUUCUGAGAAGCUCAAGUCGGUCUUUGCAAUGUUAAAUCGAAUUGAAGGUGUUUCGAAAGAUGAUGCUCUUUCGAAACAAGGGGAGAAAAAGUUAAAGAGAAAGAACAACCUAAGUCUCAGAGAACUAGAAGCAAAGGAAGCAGAAGAUAGAGUUUUGAACGUUACUCUUGCAACACAGAUGUCAGUGAUUCCUCCUUGGACCUUAGAAAGAAUUCAGAAGGAAGAGAUCGAUGAUCCGAGUGUCUACUUGUUGGAACCUUCAGUAUCUUUUGAACUAAUCAAUAUCAUUGAUUCUCAGCUUGAGUUCCCACUCACUCCGAAAGCCUUCCUAUUUCGAGGCUUUGAUCAUAUUGAGAAAGCUCCACUUUCAGAUUACAAUGUUAACAAUAAGCUUUUCUCAUUUUAUCCCAAACAUGGACAACCUCAUUACAAGUUGUGGAGCCUAAGGAAGAUGGUUGUUGUGAAAGUGUGUUCUCCAUUUCCAACUGAACACUUCAUAAAUAUCAAAUUUAGGGUAUUCCGAGGAGCAAGUCGUACUGAAUUUGAUUUCACUCUUGCUGAUCUACCUUGUGUGAAUCUGAAUAACUAUAUUUCCUUGUUUUUCAUUUUAUCGAAAGAUGAGGUGAAGUAA